AGCUUACAGCCUGUUCAGUGGGUCCAGGCAACUGAGGAACUCCAGAACUCAGGCCGUUCCUUUCCUGCCCAACUGCAGUCCUUUCAUCCCACACCUGAACAUUUCUGAUCCAUCUGCAUGGUCCCACAUCUCUCCUUUCUUGGCUUUCUUUCCCUUUUCCCCCGCAGGAGAUCCAUUCAACAAACCAAGGAUGACAAGGCAAAGUAAGUUUCUCCCAAGACACCUCCGGCUGCUCCUAAAGCACUGGUUCUCAACCUAUAGGUCCCCAGGUGCUUUGGCUGACAACUCUCAGAAAUCCCAGCCCGUUAUCCAACUGUUACGAUUUCCGGGCUGCAUCCUUUGGAAAUGGCCAUCAUGCUGCAGCCCUAGGGAAUGGGGAGGAGGUUGACAGACUAGAUCUUCCUCUGAGAAGAUGUGCUGCCUGUUCCUCCUUUAUCAGACCUACUUUAUACCUAUCUUAUAAAGUGCAGAGGGAGGGGCUUGGUUGCCAAGGUAGGGCACUGGGAAGGUGGCGGGCGGGGCUUCUGGUAAAAUUAUGCAGCUGCUCUCAUCCAGGGUACCCUGCUAGCCCCAUCAUUUUCCAGCCAUUUUCUGCUUCCAAAAAGAAUUCCAUCCUCCUGUUUCAGGGCACCGGAAGAGAAAGAGGGCCAGGAAGACGGAUGCCUUGCAGCUGCGGUCACGAAGCCCCUUCCAGCCGGCCAACCCAUGUCCCUGGGGCCCGUCUCCCUGGAGUCCCUGCAGUCAAUCUCUUGGGCCCCUUGGCCAGAAGCCCCCCUCACGCUGGAGGCCCUGCAGGGGCAACUGGAGGCCUUGAAGGGGCUGCAGGUCCAGUACCUCCAGGGACAGCUGAAGAUCCGCCGUGGCUGCUGGUACUUCCCACGCUCCUUGCGGACCCUCAGCCUCCAGCUCUCCCGCGCUCGCAGGAGGCUCAUCCGCAUCGAAGUCCGGAUCCAGCGACGAGAGCCAGAAGGCCUCCGGUCAGCUUCUCCGCUACUGAAGACCACGCGCAGCAGUCUUUCUCGAGGAGACCCCCUGGCCGUGGCGGCUGCCUCCUCCAGGCCCUUCCUCGCCCUCUCUGCCGCAUCCCUCUCUUCCAUCUCCUGCCAGGAAGGGGCCGCUCCCCUCUCCCUCUCCCCCUCCCCAGCCAUCUCCAGCUUCUCCCUCUUCCCACUCUACCCCUUCCCCCCUCCGCCACCCUCCCCACCUCCACUGCGGCCUGAGCUCAAGGACCUGAGAGAAGCCCUGGAGACCUUCCUGGCUCUGCAGGCUCACCAUCUCCAAGAGCGCCAGAGGGACCUCCGUCGCUGCCAGGUGUGCCUGAAAGCCAUCAAGGCCCUGCGGGUGCAGCUGCAGAGGGUGCGGUCCCAGCUCUGGAGGGUGGAGGCUGAGCUGGGCAUCCAGGUGCCUCCCCGAGAGCUGGACGGGGACCAGACAGAGGAUGAAGAGGAAGAGGAAGAAGAGGAGGAGGAGAAGGGAGCAAAGCGAGAGGGGGCAUGCCUCUGAAUGCCCAGCCUUCAUCUCUGCAGGAGAAUUGGGAGAAAGAAGAGUCCAACUGUCUGGCUGCUGCAGAAAAGAGGGUCUAUUGCGUAUGAAAAUGGCAGCCGGGGCAGCGGGGGGAGCUUAACUGUAUGGUGCUCAAGUGCUUGUAACCUGUGUCUGCCUACUCUUUACAAUAAAAAAUAGUUGAUUUUUGC